AUGACAGACAAGGGAGUGGGGAGAACGGAAGCUGGAGACGACGCCUACACACUGCCGCGACCCCCUCGCCUACACACUGCCGCGACCCCCUCGCCUACACACUGCCGCGACCCCCACACUGCGACCCCCUCGACUACGCCUACACACUGCCGCGACCCCCCCGACACACUGCCGCGACGCCUACACACUGCCGCCCCCCUACACACUGCCGACCCCCUACGCCUACACACUGCCGCGACCCCCGACUACGCCUACACACUGCCGCGACCCCCACUGCCGACGACGCCUACACACUGCCGCGACCCCCGCCCUACACACUACGCCUACACACUGCCGCGACCCCCGACGACGCCUACACACUGCCGCGACCCCCGACUACACCUACACACUGCCGCGACCCCCGACUACGCCUACACACUGCCGCGACCCCCCUGCCGACGACCCUACACACUGCCGCGACCCCGACCCCCGCGCCUACACCUACACACUGCCGCGACCCCCGACUACACCUACACACUGCCGCGACCCCCCCCCGCGACCCCCCGACUACGCCUACACACUGCCGCGACCCCUACGCCUACACACUGCCGCGACUACGCCUACACACUGCCGCGACCCCCCCGACCCCCCGACUACGCCUACACACUGCCGCGACCCCCACACUGCCGACUACGCCUACACACUGCCGCGACCCCCGACUACGCCUACACACUGCCGCGACCCCCCCGACGACGCCUACACACUGCCGCGACCCCCGACUACGCCUACACCCCCCCCGACUACUACACCUACACACUGCCGCCCCCCACACUGCCGACCCCCUGCCGACCCCCGACGCCUACACACUGCCGCGACCCCCCCGACUACGCCUACACACUGCCGCGACCCCCGACUACGCCUACACACUGCCGCGACCCCCGACCCCACUGCCGCGACUACGCCUACACACUGCCGCGACCCCCUACACACUGCCGCGACCCCCGACUACGCUGCCGCGACGCCUACACACUGCCGCGACCCCCCGACUACGCCUACACACUGCCGCGACCCCCCGACCCCCACACUGCCGCGACCCCCCGACUACGCCUACACACUGCCGCGACCCCCCCGACCGCCUACACACUGCCGCGACCCCCCCCGACUACGCCUACACACUGCCGCGACCCCCGACUACGCCACACUGCCGCGACCCCCCGACUACACCUACACACUGCCCCGACUACGCCUACACACCCCCCGACUACACCUACACACUGCUGCGACCCCCCACUGCCGCGACCCCCGACACACUGCCGCGACCCCCCGACUACGCCUACACCUACACACUGCCGCGACCCCCGACUACACCUACUACACCUACACACUGCCGCGACCCCCGACUACACCUACACACUGCCGCGACCCCCGACUACACCUACACACUGCCCGUACCUUCUGCAUAUUAUUCAGAUUCUGUUGGAAACGUGA